AUGGGUAAAUAUAUUGUCUCUCAAGAAUCGCCUAAUGAUGCAGGCAUGCGUUCUAGGAUAUUGUCUUUUAAGGAUGCCAAUGAUGUAUUAGAAGGAAAUAAGGGGACAAGAGAAAUUCGGGGUAUAGCUAUAAACUUAGAAGAACCAUUAAAUGCACUUUGGGAUCCUGAAGCCUUCUCAAGGAUGAUCAAUCUCAAAUUACUUGUCAUUUCAAGCUGCUCACAUGUUUCUCAUUGCCAAUUGAAUCUUCCUCGUGGACUUAAAUCUCUUUCCAAUGAGUUGAGAGUUUUUGAAUGGGAUGGAUAUCCUUUAGGUUGUUUGCCCAAUCAAACUAUACUCCAUGAACUUGUUCAUCUAAAAAUGAGACAUAGCAAGUUAAAAGAACUUUGGAGGGGAGAACGGUCUCUACCAAGGCUGAAGUCCAUUGAUUUAUCUCAUUCAAAAUACCUCAUCAAAACUCCAAAUUUUGAUGGAAUUCCUAAUCUUGAGAUAUUGAUUCUAGAAGGGUGUUCUAAACUGGUUGAAGUUCACCAGUCUCUUGGCCAGCAUAAGAAUCUUGUUAUUGUUAAUUUGAAAGGCUGUAAAAAUGUUAGAACCCUUCCCAGAGAAUUUGAGAAGGAUCACUUAGAGACUUUUGUUCUAUGUGGUUGUUCAAAAAUUAGAAAACUUUCUGAGUUUGGAAAGGAUAUGAAAUGUCUCUUUAGGCUUGAUUUAAAGCACACUGCUAUAUCCAAACUACCUGAAUCACUAGGCAAUUUGAUUGGUCUUGCUGAAUUAAAUUUGUCAGGCUGCAAAAAUCAGGCUUGCCUUCUAAAUAAUGUUUGCAAAAAUAAGAUUAUCACAAUUUCUGGUUGGUCAAAGCUUUCAAGGAUGCCAGAGGAUUUGAAUGAAAAUGGGGCUUUGGAAGUGCUUGAUGUGGGUCGUCGAAUUUCUAAAGAGGCACAAUCAAUUUGUGAGUACAAUGGUCAAGCACAUUCUUCAACAUCAUGGAGUUGCUUCUCCCUUCUCAAGAAGGCAUUUGGGCUUCAAAGGCCUUCAAGCUCAAUAAAUCUUUUCUUGUCCCCUUCUUUAUCAUGCUUGAGUGAAUUAAAUUUAGGUUAUUGUAAUCUCUAUGAUGGAUCACUUCCUGAUGACAUUAGCAGCUUUACGUCAUUGACAACAUUAAAUUUAAGUGGAAACAAUUUCAUUGACUAACCAUCUGGCCUUAUUUCCAAUCUUUCGAAGCUUCAAUGUAUUGGUCUCCUUGAUUGCCCAAUGCUUAAGUCCUUACCACAACUGCCAUCAAAUCUAUCAUUUAUUUGGGCAAGUGGUUGUCCAUCAAUGGAGCAUUAUGCACGUUCACAGAAUAUAUGGGAGUUCCUUGAAUCAUUCCAAUCUCAGGUUCACAAUUACAAUGGCCUCUCACUAGAAGAAUGCUCUGGAGGAUAUAAACUUGUCCGUUUAAGUGCUGCGUCUGGAAUUUUGACACGAGGUUCACAAAUUCCUGACUUCUUCACGCAACCUAGUCGCGUAUUAAUAAUUCUAGGGAGUGAAGUGCCAUCAUGGUUUCAUAAUCAAGACUACUUUUGUGAGAAAGAAUUCAGUGAUCCAAAUGUGUCAUUCAUAGUAAGCACACCUGAAUAUUGUCGUUCAAGUGAAUGGUGGGGCAUAGCCACAUGCUUAGUGUUAGAAAAUGAUUUGGCAUAUCACGAAAAGGUUGAUCGAGUUUGGUGGACUUGCAGAUUUCCUAAUGAUAAAUUUCCAAAUACAUUUUUUUUAUAUCCCGUUUGGUUACUAUCAAAUUGGAGUCAUCAACUCUAUAUUGCAUAUAUUCAUUGUUCAUCUUUGGUUGUAAAUGGACUUCAAAUGGUAUUUUCUACUGGAAAUGUAUCUGAAAAUAAGUCCCCAAUGUGUAAAGUAAGGAAGUGUGGGUGGCGUGUGGUGUGUCAAGAAGAUGUUGAAACAUGGAAUGAAUGUUGAAGCAGCAUCAAUGACCGAUUCAUGGUUAGCCCAAAAUGCCAAGCCACCUAACAAUGUGCAUAAAAUAUAAGAACAAAUGCUUCAAGAGAUGUCAAAAGAUGGCAAAAAACCAGAGAUAAAGUUGAGAUUCAUUCUAACAACUUAAACAAUCGCAAUAAAGUUGAGGAUAAAGAAGGCUUUGGGAGUGGAUCUCACAUCUUUGGCAUUCCAUUGAGCAAUUAUUUCAGACUUGCUGUUAAGGUUAUGUACACGAGUUAGAGGAAUGGGAAAUGUCCAGAGACAUUAAUCAAGAAGCAAGAGCUACAUACAAGCUAAGAGCAUAUCUAGUUUUCUCUAUUCUCCCAUCCUUACAUGGCCAUGAUGAGUAGUUAAAACCUUUUCAUUGUCAUUAUUAAGAACCUUUGUAUGAAUUUGAGCAUGUCCCUUACCCUUUCCGUUGCGAUUUAUAAGAUAUAUGCUUCGUCAGUUGUUCAUUUCAAGCCUUA